UUCAUUGUAUUAGAAUAAUAUUAGUAAAAAAUAACCAUGAACAAUUGAAUAUGGUGGAUGAUUGAUUCUAUAAUCUACUCCAACUCAACAAUUCUUUGUUCUCUCCCUCACCUCCAUCACCAAAACCAUGUACUAUUAUUAUUCACCAAAAUCCUAAUUAUUUUUUUUCUCUUAAACAACUGUGUCACCUUCACCAUGUUUCCCCUUCUUCAUCUCUUCCUCUUUCUCCACUUAUCAUUCCCUAGUUAUGUAUCAUCUCAACAACCUAGUACAAACUCCUCCCCUGCUUCAACCCCAUGUCCUCUCGAUUUUAACGCACUUCGUAAUUUGAUAAACCAAAGUUCAAAACGGCCAAAUCUGAACUCCACCACACAGUGUCAAUACAUUCGUCAGGGUUUACGUCUUGUCCAAUCUGAAUAUCUCCGCCGUAAAAACUCUUUCUUUCCGCCACUCACAUCCGCCGAAUCUUGCUGGAAUAGUUACCAGUCUUUGGUCAACGACUAUGUACCCAACUUCGAUAUCCGCAAAUCUUGUGGGUUUCAAACUUCUUGGAUUUCUCAGGGUUGUAUGAAUAUAACAACCCGUUUCGAGUUCGAGUCUAAUGUCUCUUCUUCUGCACUUUCCAACAUGGUUUCUUCGUGUAAUCAGUCUUUAGAGAACAACUCCCCUUGUGCCACGUGUACCACCAGCUUCUCUGGCCUUGCUUCUUACCUCAAUGGACCUUCUGUUGGGAAUGUUUCGGAUUGUACGGCUUACCCUUCUAUUUAUGCUGCAGCUUUUGCUAAUCAGUUUGGGCCCACUGAUGAAGGUACUAUAAAGUGCUUGUUUGCUAUUGAUGUUACUGCUACUGCUAGUUCAGGAAAAGGUAAGAAAAAUGUGACUAUUAUUGUUGUGGUUCUAGUUUGUGGAUUGGUAUUAGUGUUUGUUGGGUUUGUUUAUUGGAUUCUGUGGCGGCGGAGGAAACAUAGAUUGGCUCAUAAGUGGAACAAUAGGAGGAUUGAGAGUAAUUUGAGUUCUCGUUUGGAUUCAAUUAGUGGUAGUACUACUUUGAUUAGGUUUACUAUAGAUGAAAUUAAGUUGGCGACCAAGAAUUUUGCUAGGGCGAAUAUAGUUGGGACAGGAGGGUAUGGGAAUGUGUAUAAGGGUGUUUUGCCUGGUGGAAUUGAAGUAGCUUUGAAGAGGUUCAAGAAUUGUUCAGUUGCUGGGGAUGCAAGUUUCACACAUGAAGUUGAGGUUAUUGCUAGUGUUAGGCAUGUUAAUUUGGUAGCUUUGAGAGGAUAUUGCACUGCUACAACUCCUUAUGAGGGUCACCAGAGGAUUAUUGUUUGUGAUCUGAUGAAGAAUGGGAGUCUACAUGAUCACUUAUUCGGGACGCGAUAUGAGAAAUUGAGUUGGGGUAUUAGGCAGAAAGUUGCACUUGGUACUGCUAGAGGUUUGGCUUACUUGCAUUAUGGAGCACAACCGGGUAUUAUUCAUAGGGAUAUU